AGUAUCCCGACAUCCUCUUUGUUACCGAUUUGCGCUCUGCUUUCUGAUUAACAAUACCAAGUUUGUUAGCUCGCCGACAUCCUACCAUACAUUUGACAAUGUAUACCUUUCUUUAGGUCUGAAUUCGCCGUAAUGUCGUCAGAUAGCUAGCUGAUGAGCGACACUAACGGAUUCGAUGGUAACGUUAGGUGUUGUGAUGUUUUGACCGUGAACCGGAGAUCUCUGCAGGGAUUCGAGUUGUCAGAAGAUGGCCCCCACUAAGAUGAAACUGCGUGUCCGGCGGAGGGAGAGCGGAGGAGCCGGUCUGGAACAGGAAGAAACGUCGAAGGCCUCCUCUCAGUCGGUUUCGGCCGAGGCGUCUCCUGACUCUAAAUGCCCAAUCUGUCUGGACCGCUUCAACAACAUGUCUUAUCUGGACAGGUGCCUCCAUCGCUUCUGCUUCCGAUGCAUACAGGAGUGGAGCAACAACAAGGUGGAGUGCCCUCUGUGUAAGCAGCCGUUCUCCUCCAUCCUUCACUCGAUCAAGGCCCAGGACAACUUUAAAGAGUUCACUCUCAGACCACCGCCCGUUCCCGGAGAGAACGGGACCGCAAUGAUCGCAGCUGCCGAAGCAGCCGCCGUUGCCUUGGUGACCGCCAGGGUAGAGGGUAGUCACGGAGAACGAAGGAGGACGAGGAGAAGAGGAGGAGGAGGGGUGGGGCAGGGGAGAGGAGGGAGAGAGAGGAGACAGUCAGGACGACUGUGGAGAGGGAGGGGCCUCUCUUCUGCUCCUCCUCUCCCCCCUCUUCAUCCUCCUCUUCCACCCAGGCCCGAGGAUGGAGGGAUGAGAGGAGAGAUGGAUGGAGAGGACCCGGGGGUCAUCUUCGAUGGGCUGACAGGUGCGUCCGCCCCCCCACCUCACGAUCGAGGGGUGCAGCGUCUCAUGGUGCGUCUGGCUGCUAGGCGACGGUCCCAGAGAGAGGGGCGCUCCGUAAGACUGCUCCGACCACGGGAGAUGCUUUCUUUCCGCCGGGCGCUCUACCGCAGUGGCGUUCGUGUCAGGAACGCCCGCGGGGGCUGCGAGAGGCCCCGUGACAUCACUGCGGCGUUUUACCAGCGGAACCCGGUGGCGCUCCAUAGACUCCUCCCCUGGUUACAGCGGGAGCUGACGGUGCUGUACGGCGCCCAUGGCUCAUUGGUCAACAUCGUCCAACGCAUCAUCACCUCGCGAAUCGCACGUCACGACAUGGAGGGAGGGGGUGGGGCCAUCCAGGACGAACUCCGUCCCUUCCUGCUGGCGAGGACUGAUCACUUCCUUCACGAGCUUAUCAGUUUUGCGCGUUCCCCUCUCAGUAUGGAAGUGUAUGACCAGCUGUCCAUCUACGACCCUCCAGCGCCGUCCUACGAGGACAGGAUGACAUCAUCAUCUAGCGACACUGACGACUCUGUCAUCGCCAUCUCGGAUGAAGAGGAAGAGGAAGGAGGGUCGGAGGGAGAACGAGAGAGACGGCCGGUGUCGGUAGCAGGAAGUAGCGCUCUGAGCCAAUCUGCUUGGGACGAUGAAACACCAGGCCCCUCCUACUCUACAGCUGAGCCGUCCCAAUCCCCCAUGCCGCUGUCGAUCAGCCCGGGGGGGCGGGACUCUGGUCCAGCGGGGGCGAAUCAGAAUCCUGCUCAGGACAUGACAACGGCAGGAGAUGGAGAGAGGGUUGAGGAGGGAGGAGAGGAAGAGGAGGGAGGAGAGGAAGAGGAGGGGGAACAAUGUAUGAUAGUAGGGUUUGUAAAAGCCAUGGCUGAGAGAACUCCUGAACUGGUCCAACUCUCCUCUGACCCCUCAGACGAAGAGGGGGAGAAACAGGAGAAGACUGUUCAACAAACAGCGUUAACCCCUCUCUCUCUCAUUAUCCCUCCUUCCAUUCCAGUUCCCCCCAUCUCUCUGUUUAAAAACACCAGCACAGAGAGACAGGGAGGAGGGGGGGAGAGACAGGGAGGAGGGGGGGAGAGACAGGGAGGAGGGGGGGAGAUAGGAGUGGGAGUAAGACAUCUAGACAGAGAGAGCGAGCAGGUAGAAGAGAGACGCCUCUAUUGCCCUCUAGGGGAGAGAAGGGAGGACAGACAGCGAGAACGGUCGUGUUCAGGGUCGCGGUCUAGAAGCAGACAUCGGUCAGCGAGCGUGGGGUCACGGUCCGGUCGGUCCAGGAGUUCUGAACGGAGCUGGUCAGCACGGAGCCCCGUGUCUGUACGGAGCGAUGACAGCAGCCAGGAACGGCGCCGGAAGAGACUGGCGAGAGAGCGGGAGAAAAGGAGACAGGAGAAAGGAAGAAACUCCCACGACAAAGGCUCCUAUAGACAACACAGCAGAGAGCACAGUGGAGGAAGUGAGAGGAACAGAGGUAGAGAGAGAGAAAGGAUUCCGUAUGAACCAGCCAGGUCCCAAUAUUCUAACACAGGAAUAUUCUUUAGUCCGGAAAACUGCGUCCUAUCCCAUUCCCCGUCCUUAUCCCGGAGUAGCCAGCGAGGACCAGAAUCUCCUGGGGAACACCGACAUUCCCCACGCUCUGACAGCCUCUCUUCCUCCAGCUCCCUGUCCCAUCUCUCUGCAGACAGACGGCAUUCCCGACAUUCCCCACGCUCUGACAGCCUCUCUUCCUCCAGCUCCCUGUCCCAUCUCUCUACAGACAGACAGCAUUCCCGACAUUCCCCACGCUCCGACAAGCCGGGAGGAAAGAGGAAAUAUAAGACACGGCAUCUGGAAGACCCUUCCUGGGAGCCAUCCAGCUCUGCACGGAGAGAGAGGGGGCGAGGCGGGGAUCGAGAGAAGGGGCGAGGCGGGGAGCGAGAGAAGGGGCGAGGCGGGGAGCGAGAGAAGGGGCGAGGCGGGGAGCGAGAGAAGGGGCGAGGCGGGGAGCGAGAGAAGGGGCGAGGCGGGGGGCGAGAGAAAGGGCGAGGCGGAGAGCGAGAGAAGGGGCGAGGCGGAGAGCGAGAGAAGGGGAGAGGCGGUGAGCGAGAGAGGGGGAGAGGCGGGACAGAGGCCACCGCUAGCCCCCGGAAGAGCAGAGGCAGUCUGAAAGAGAGUGUGAAGAAGAGGAGACAUCCGUCCCGCAGCCCCAGUGUGAAGAAGAGGAGACGUCAGUCCCGCAGUCCCAGUGUUGAAAUCAUCUAUGAAGGGAUGACUGUGACCGCUGCUAGCCCCUUACGACCCAAACACAACCACAAACGCCGUGGCAACCACCGGAGAAAGCAGCGCCACGACCACGCCCUCCAACACUCUCCCGUGGUCAUCACCAUAGACAGCGACAGCGACAACAAACACACGGUCCAAACGACCACGCUGGAAGAUGACCGCGCUCUGGAUUUAUCCGACCGUGCCACGGUCGAUUUCUCCGACCGUUCUCUGACCGCGCCUGGUCUUCCGCUAGGCGACCACAACAACCUGGACAUGGGGGUUGAUAUCAGCGAUUUAGCGGUCGAUAUUCUCGACCGUUUUCUGAGCGUUUCGGACCGUAACUCGGACAUUGACCACGAUGACGUCAUCGACCAUAAAACUAAUGUCGACGACGAUUGUGUGGUUGACGUUUCUGUCAACGUCAAGGACCGCAUUCUGAACACAAACACUAAUGCAAAUGCGGUCGACCGUCCCCAGAACGUGGGCGGCCAUGUUCUCCCCCAGGUCAAUCUUAGCUGUGACCCUGGGGUCGCGACCUCUGACUCUCGUCUCCUAGCGACCAUCCUACAGGACCUGGAACACAUCGCGCUCCCUAACCUGUCCUUUUUCCCCAACCUGAACCUGAACCCGAACCCAAACCCUAACCACAGCCGUAAUUCACCCACACCGGACCACAGUGAAAACGCCAAGCCGGCCAGAGAGACCACACCGACUCCUUGGUCCUCUGGGAGAGCGAACGCCAGGCCGGCCAGAGAGACCACGCCGACUCCUUGGUCCUCUGAGAGAGAGAACGCCAGGCCGGCCAGAGAGACCACACCGACUCCUUGGUCCUCUGAGAGAGAGAACGCCAGGCCGUCCAGAGAGACCACACCGACUCCUUGGUCCUCUGAGAGAGAGAACGCCAGGCCGGCCAGAGAGACCACGCCGACUCCUUGGUCCUCUGAGAGAGAGAACGCCAGGCCGGCCAGAGAGACCACACCGACUCCUUGGUCCUCUGAGAGAGAGAACGCCAGGCCGGCCAGAGAGACCACACCGACUCCUUGGUCCUCUGAGAGAGAGAACGCCAGGCCGGCCAGAGAGACCACACCGACUCCUUGGUCCUCUGAGAGAGAGAACGCCAGAGAGACCACGCCGACUCCUUGGUCCUCUGGGAGAGAGAACGCCAGGCCGGCCAGAGAGACCACGCCGACUCCUUGGUCCUCUGAGAGAGAGAACGCCAGGCCGGCCAGAGAGACCACACCGACUCCUUGGUCCUCUGAGAGAGAGAACGCCAGGCCGGCCAGAGAGACCACACCGACUCCUUGGUCCUCUGAGAGAGAGAACGCCAGAGAGACCACGCCGACUCCUUGGUCCUCUGAGAGAGAGAACGCCAGAGAGACCACACCGACUCCUUGGUCCUCUGAGAGAGAGAACGCCAGGCCGGCCAGAGAGACCACACCGACUCCUUGGUCCUCUGAGAGAGAGAACGCCAGGCCGGCCAGAGAGACCACGCCGACUCCUUGGUCCUCUGAGAGAGAGAACGCCAGGCCGGCCAGAGAGACCACGCCGACUCCUUGGUCCUCUGGGAGAGAGAACGCCAGGCCGGCCAGAGAGACCACGCCGACUCCUUGGUCCUCUGAGAGAGAGAACGCCAGGCCGGCCAGAGAGACCACGCCGACUCCUUGGUCCUCUGGGAGAGAGAACGCCAGGCCGGCCAGAGAGACCACGCCGACUCCUUGGUCCUCUGGGAGAGAGAACGCCAGGCCGGCCAGAGAGACCACGCCGACUCCUUGGUCCUCUGAGAGAGAGAACGCCAGGCCGGCCAGAGAGACCACACCGACUCCUUGGUCCUCUGAGGGAGAGACUAACUUCAACAGCCCUGUUUCACCUACAGCCAAUCACUCUCUGAGUUCUGAAUCAUUCACAGACUACCACUCUGCCAGUCCUAUAUCUCCUGUAGGUCACCCUGCUAGUCCUAUAUCUCCUGUAGGUCACCCUGCUAGUCCUAUAUCUCCUGUAAGUCACUCUGCCAGUCCUAUAUCUCCUGUAGGUCACCCUGCUAGUCCUAUAUCUCCUGUAGGUCACCCUGCUAGUCCUAUAUCUCCUGUAAGUCACUCUGCCAGUCCUAUAUCUCCUGUAGGUCACCCUGCUAGUCCUUUAUCUCCUGUAAGUCACUCUGCUAGUCCUAUAUCUCCUGUAGGUCACCCUGCUAGUCCUAUAUCUCCUGUAGGUCACUCUGCUAGUCCUGUAGGUCACCCUGCUAGUCCUAUAUCUCCUGUAGGUCACUCUGCUAGUCCUGUAGGUCACUCUGCUAGUCCUAUAUCUCCUGUUGGUCACCCUGCUAGUCCUAUAUCUCCUGUAGGUCACUAUGCUAGUCCUAUAGGUCACUCUGCCGGUCCUAUAUCUCCUCUCGGUCACUCUGCCGGUCCUAUAUCUCCCGUAGGUCACUAUGCUAGUCCUGUACAUCAGAACUCUAAUGCAGUAUCACCCGUUGUCCACCCUUCUAACAGUCCUUUAUCAUCACCCAUAGCUGUCUCUAUAUCGGUAGAAAACCCCCGCUUACCUUCUAGCACUGGAUCGUCUGUAUCGGCCAGACAUGAUCAGGAGGGGCCAAUACACUAACACAGUAUACAGCACUGACUGAUCACCUGGACACACACACUAUUACACACACACACACACACACACUCUGGCACAGUCACGCACACUUGAACUGCCACACACACCAUUUGAAUAUGCUGAGGUUGUUUAACCGUUAUUUGCCAGAUGGACUCUUGAAUGAAACUAUCUUUCUGCAGGAAAAAAAAAAUACAAAUAAAAUCACAUUUGACGAUUAUUUUAUUUUAUUUUGUUACGUUUGAUCAUUUUGAGGUGCAGCGUACUGUAUUUUCAGUACUGUAUUUUGACACUUGCUACAAAUAGGGCCCUGGUAAGGUAGUGGACUAAUACAUGUGGGCCCUGGUAAGGUAGUGGACUAUAUAGGACCCUGGUAAGGUAGUGGACUAUAUAGGACUCUGGUAAGGUAAAGGACUAUAUAGGACCCUGGUAAGGUAGUGGACUAUAUAGGACCCUGGUAAGGUAGUGGACUAUAUAGGACCCUGGUAAGGUAGUGGACUAUAUAGGACUCUGGUAAGGUAAAGGACUAUAUAGGACCCUGGUAAGGUAGUGGACUAUAUAGGGCCCUGGUAAGGCAGUGCCUUAGGUGGUACCGAGUGGGUUAACAUUUUGGGACAGACAUGGACAAACCUGUGUAGUUUAUAGUGUUGGCCCUUGGCCUACUUUACAGCCCAUUUAUACAUGGUUAUCUGGUGUGAAUAUGGUCAGGCACUGUCUAUGGGACGCAGUACUAGAUUGAUAUUGAUUGUUGGGGAAAAGAGCUGGGUAGAAAGGCAUUUCACUUUACUUGACAUUUAAAUGUAAAACUUGAGUCGGGCACACUAACUGAGUCACACAUGGGAAACCCCAUGUGGGCUACAACAUGUGGUAGGAAAUGUGCUAUCUGCUGUGAAUAUGGUCAUGGAUUGUCUCUGGGACUCUAUUGGACAUACUACCCGGGUCAUGUAUGAGACCCUGAAUACUGUUUUAAUGGAUUGUUAAAAACGGCAACUAAUGAAAUGUUUGAGAAGCUAAAAUAAAGUUGUCAACAUUUUCAUGUUUGUGUGGGUUUAACUGAGAAAACGUAUCCUGUAAUGCUUGUGAAAUUCCUCUGCAAAUAUGCUGAGUGAACUGGCAACUUUAUUCCGUGUGUUUGUCUGAAAAGCCUGUAUCUAGUGCGUGUUGUCACAUUUUGAAUGGUGAUUUUUCUUUUUUGGGGGGGUUUAGUAUUCAGGCGCUAAACCAUAGAUUGUACAGUAUAAACAUUGGGAUUGUAGCUACAUCAUGUCCGUACAAGACUACGGGAGCUGGACAUCUACAGAGUGAUUCGACUGACCCGGAUCAAACUUUUUCAAAAAGGCAGAAGAGACUUCUGAUCUCAGACUGACUCAGACAUGGAUGAAGAAGAGUCAGGACCUGACAGUGGUAACACCGUGACAGCAGCACGGCGGUGCCGUUUCCCUAUGAACCCGGCGGUGCCGUUUCCCUAUGAACCCGGCGGUGCCGUUUCCCUAUGAACCCGGCGGUGCCGUUUCCCUAUGAACCCGGCGGUGCCGUUUCCCUAUGAACCCGGCGGUGCCGUUUCCCUAUGAACCCGGCGGUGCCGUUUCCCUAUGAACCCGGCGGUGCCGUUUCCCUAUGAAUACUGUCCAGGAUGUGGAGGCGAUGGAGCAAAAGUUACUCUACGCAGUUUUCCUGAAUGGAGUGGUAGCUGCAAUGAAUGGGAUGUUUUUUUAAAUUAUUUCUAGUAUUUUGUUUAUUAGUCCACUGUUAAUACAAUGCCAACAAUUGUGCCUGUUAGCAAUCACAUGUUCAGCAUGGGGCGCUUUCAGUAAGGAGCAAACAGUGAUGAUGACACAAAUGAGAGAAAUUAUCAUAUCAUUAGCAUCAUCCCUCUCAUUGGCUCUGUACUGCAGUGUUUCCUGGUCCUGAGGAUCAAAGGGGCCCGCCCACUCAUGAUGCAACUUAGCAACUCAUCAUCAAUCCUUUGAAUUGAAUAAAGUGUGCGAGUGCUAGGGCAAAAACUACAAUGUGCAUCCCUUGUUACUUGAUUGAUGAAUAAAGGUCACUGAUUAGUAAGGAACUCUCCUCACCUGGUUGUCUAGGUCUCAGUAAGGAACUCCCCUCACCUGGUUGUCUAGGUCUCAGUAAGGAACUCCCCUCACCUGGUUGUCUAGGUCUCAGUAAGGAACUCUCCUCACCUGGUUGUCUAGAUCUCAGUAAGGAACUCCCCUCACCUGGUUGUCUAGGUCUCAGUAAGGAACUCUCCUCACCUGGUUGUCUAGGUCUCAGUAAGGAACUCUCCUCACCUGGUUGUCUAGAUCUCAGUAAGGAACUCUCCUCACCUGGUUGUCUAGGUCUUAGUAAGGAACUCCCCUCACCUGGUUGUCCAGGUCUCAGUAAGGAACUCCCCCUCACCUGGUUGUCUAGGGCUCAGUAAGGAACUCCCCUCACCUGGUUGUCUCAGUAAGGAACUCCCCUCACCUGGUUGUCUAGGUCUCAGUAAGGAACUCCCCUCACCUGGUUGUCUAGGUCUCAGUAAGGAACUCCCCUCACCUGGUUGUCUAGGUCUCAGUAAGGAACUCCCCUCACCUGGUUGUCCAGGUCUCAGUAAGGAACUCCCCUCACCUGGUUGUCUAGGUCUCAGUAAGGAACUCCCCUCACCUGGUUGUCCAGGUCUCAGUAAGGAACUCUCCUCACCUGGUUGUCCAGGUCUCAGUAAGGACCUCCCUCACCUGGUUGUCUAGGUCUCAGUAAGGAACUCCCCUCACCUGGUUGUCCAGGUCUCAGUAAGGAACUCCCCUCACCUGGUUGUCUAGGGCUCAGUAAGGAACUCUCCUCACCUGGUUGUCUAGGGCUCAGUAAGGAACUCCCCUCACCUGGUUGUCUAGGUCUCAGUAAGGACCUCCCUCACCUGGUUGUCUAGGUCUCAGUAAGGAACUCUCCUCACCUGGUUGUCUAGGUCUCAGUAAGGAACUCUCCUCACCUGGUUGUCUAGGUCUCAGUAAGGAACUCCCCUCACCUGGUUGUCCAGGUCUCAGUAAGGAACUCUCCUCACCUGGUUGAGGAUCAUUCUUCUAUGAGAAAUUGCAUCAUUUGCUGUUUUGUUGAAGGUGGUGGAAAACGCUGUCUCAGGCACCACUCCAGAAUCUCCCAUAAGUGUUCAAUUGGGUUGAGAUCUUGUGGCUGAGACGGCCAUGACAUAAUGGUUUCCAUCGUUUUCAUGCUCAUCAAACCAUUCAGUGACCAGUCGUGCCCUGUGGAGGGGGACAAUGUCAUCCAAUCGGGGCCAAGGUAGCAGGAACAAUGGCCUGCCCAUCAUUUAUACGUGAUCCUAAACAUGACGGGAUGUGUUUCCAUUAUUUUGGCAGUUACCUGUAUACACAUGUGCAUCUCUGCCUAUAUGAUACACAAUCAAUUUGACAUAGAAACAACAAUAGUUCACCUGGCCUCUAGAGACUGAUUGUGGGUCAGUUUUGUGUUCCCCACCCCGAGUGGGUUAGAAAACGGUCGAGUUAGACACAGAUCUAGAAUCAGAUUAAUUUAUCUCACCACCUCUAGGGACUUUACUAUGAAGCCGGGGUUAAGUUAUAUUGCCACUCAUAAGUUUCAAUGUAGUUUCUGUAGCAGGUUGGCGGAGAUUUUAGAGAAAAGGAGGAGAUUAGAAUCCCGGCGGGAAAUGAAUGGAGAAACCAACAUAUCGCUUCGCCACGCAGGCUCACGACCAAUCAUCAGCGCUAUAUUUGCCGUUUUUCAGCAUCCCAUCAGCUUUACGGUUGAAUGGCGGUUGAAACAGAGACCGUUUAAUCAACAAAAAACAGCAGUCAAAUGGUAUAAAUACCUUGUUAAUUUUAACAACGAUGAGUUUGAGUCGUAAUUUAAUUCAAUAUUUUUUUUUUUAAAGGAGAGUUGUUGAAGUCGGUCAUCUGCUAUUUCGCAAAAGCCAUCAGUUGUCCGAUCGAAAUUAGUUUGCUACCUGGAAAUGUAAAUAAACUGAUCUGAGGAACAUCACGUCAUCACAUAGUCAUUGGCGACUAACUAUCGGACUCUACCGAAUCUUCCAGAGAUGCUUGUUCUAGGUCCCGAGAAAUAAAGAGAUCUUCUGUUGAACCUGACAAUUAAUCUUGAUGGUUGUAAAGUCGUCUCAAAUAAAACUGUGAAGGACCUCGGCGUUACUCUGGACCCUGAUCUCUCUUUUGAGGAACGUAGCAAGACUGUUUCAAGGACAGCUUUUUUCCAUCUACGUAACAUUGCAAAAAUCAGAAACUUUCUGUCCAAAAAUUAUGCAGAAAAAUUAAUCCAUGCUUUUGUCACUUCUAGAUUAGACUACUGCAAAGCUCUACUUUCCGGCUACCCGGAUAAAGCGCUAAAUAAACUUCAGUUAGAGCUAAACAUGGCUGCUAGAACCCAAAAAAUGUGAUCAUAUUAAGGCAAGGGCUGAUUUCAAGGUUCUACUGCUAACCUACAAAGCAUUACAUGGGAUUGCUCCUAGAUAUCUUUCCGAGUUGGUCCUGCCGUACAUACCUACACGUACGCUACGGUCACAAGACGCAGGCCUCCUAAUUGUCCCUAGAAUUUCUAAGCAAACAGCUGGAGGCAAGGCUUUCUCCUAUAGAGCUCCAUUUUUAUGGAACGGUCUGCCUACCCAUGUGAGAGACGCAGACCCGGUCUCGACCUUUAAGGCUUUAUUGAAGACUCAUCUCUUCAGUAGGUUUACAUUUUACAUUUUAGUCAUUUAGCAGACGCUCUUAUCCAGAGCGACUUACAGUAGAGUGCAUACAUUUUUAUUACAUUUUACAUACUGAGACAAGGAUAUCCCUACCGGCCAAACCCUCCCUAACCCGGACGACGCUAUGCCAAUUGUGCGUCGCCCCACGGACCUCCCAGUUGCGGCCGGCUGCGACAGAGCCUGGGCGCGAACCCAGCCCAGCCUGGGCGCGAACCCAGAGACUCUGGUGGCGCAGCUAGCACUGCGAUGCAGUGCCCUAGACCACUGCGCCACCCGGCAGGUUCUAUGAUUGAGUGUAGUCUGGCCCAGGAGUGUGAAGGUGAACGGAAAGGCUCUGGAGCGACGAAACGCCCAUGCUGUCUCUGCCUGGCCGGUUCCCCUCUCUCCACUGGGAUUCUCUGCCUCUAACCGUAUUACAGGGGCUGAGUCACUGGCUUACUGGUGCUCUUCCAUGUCGUCCCUAGGAGGGGUGCAUCACUGACGUGGUCUUCCUGUCCGGGUUGGCGCCCCCUCGGGUUCGUGCCGUAGGGGAGAUCUUUGUGGGCUAUACUCGGCCUUGUCUCAGGAUGAGGACCUGAGCCCUAGGACCAUGCGUCAGGACUACCGGGCAUGAUGACUCCUUGCUGUCCCCAGUCCACCUGGCCUUGCUGCUGCUCCAGUUUCAACUGUUCUGCCUGCGGCUAUGGAACCCUGACCUGUUCACCGGACGUGCUACCUGUCCCAGACCUGCUGUUAUCAACUCUCUAGAGACAGCAGGAGCGGUAGAGAUACUCUCAAUGAUCGGCUAUGAAAAGCCAAAUGACAUUUACUCCUGAGGUGCUGACCUGUUGCCCCCUCUACAACUACUGUGAUUAUUGUUAUUUGACCGUGCUGGUCAUUUAUGAACAUUUGAACAUUUUGGCCAUGUUCUGUUAUAAUCUCCACCCGGCACAGCCAGAAAAGGACUGGCCACCCCUCAGAGCCUGGUUCCUCUAGGUUUCUUCCUAGGUUUUGGCCUUUCUAGGGAGUUUUUCCAAGCCACCUUGCUUCUACAGCUGCAUUGCUUGCUGUUUGGGGUUUUAGGCUGGGUUUCUGUACAGCACUUUGAGAUAUCAGCUGAUGUUAGAAGGGGUUUAUCAAUACAUUUGAUUGAUUCUGCAGUUUAAGCUCUGAAUGCAGGAGGGCAUGCUUUAGGUGUAGUGCAGUGAAUUUGUCUUUGUGAUUUUAUAAGUGUUCUUUUUUUCUUUUGGUCAUGUUUCCUUGUUGCCCAAAUGUGUGUGAUUUACUUUAAAUACAUUUCGAUUUUAUUUAUACUGUC